GCCGCUACCUCGGCCUGCCCGGGCUCGCCGCAGCCCUGCUCGCUGCGCCGGAGCAGCGCGGCGCGGGGGGCGAGGUCCCGCGUGGGUCGCGCCGUGGGGGGCUCCGAGAAUUAUCCAGCAUGUCUUCACUAACAGAAAAGGACAGACCUAUUGUUCAGCUGUUAUUGAACACUGGUACUUGCCCGCGAUGUAUUUUCAGGUUUUGCUGCCUGGGAUCACAGACACCGUAUAAACGUCCAUACAAGGAUUUGAUGAAGGAGUUGAAAGAACUUCUGAAAAAUAAUGCAGAAAAAGAGGAUACAGUUUGUUUUGAAGUAGCUGAUCCACCCUGUAAGAGAAUCAGGCUUGAAAACACAGAAGAGGGGCCUGCUGAUCUGAACCAGAAUGGAGUGCUCAAGCAGAUUGCUUUGGUUAAUGAAGAAAAUACUGCUUUGGAGAGCUCAGCUGUGAAGGUUUGCAAUGUGUGUUUGGGAAUUCUUCAGGAGUUCUGCGAGGUGGACUUUGUUAAAAAGUUGUGCCAAAAGGUUAAGUCUGCUGACUACCAGUUUACGAGUUUUGUAUUUUCUGUAUCUCUACCCCCACAGCUGUCUGUUAGAGAGCGUGCUGCUUGGCUGCUCGUAAAACAGGAAAUGGGAAAACUGGGCCUUUCCUUGGCAAAGGAUGACAUUGUUCAGCUGAAGGAAGCUUAUAAGUGGAUUAUUCAUCCCCAGUUGUCGGAGGAGUUGGGUGUUCCUGCUGAUGGAAAGAGUUUGUUUGAAGUUAGCGUGGUCUUUGCUCACCCAGAAACAGAUGAGGAGUGCCAUUUCCUAGCCACAGCCUGCCCGGAUUGUUUCAAACCAGCGAAGAACAAGCAGUCUGUUUUCACUAGAAUGGCAGUUAUAAAAGCCCUGGAGAAGAUAAAAGAAGAGGAUUUUUGCAAGCAUUUUCCAUGUCCCCCAACUUCACCAAAGAACUUCUGUGUUGCUCUGGAAAUUCAGUGCAAUAAUGGUGCAGUUUUUGUGGCUGGAAGGUACAAUAAAUAUUCAAGGAAUUUACCACAAACUCCUUGGAUUAUUGAUGGGGAGCGGAAGCUGGAAUCUUCAGUAGAAGAACUGAUUUCAGAGCAUCUAAUGGCAGAAUUCAAAGCAGAUAGCUUUAAUUUUUCUUCCUCUGGAAGAGAAGAUGUGGAUGUAAGAACACUAGGCAACGGAAGGCCCUUUGCAAUUGAGCUUGUGAAUCCUCGUAGAAUACAUUUUACUGCUGAGGAAAUGAAGGGACUUCAGCAGACAAUUAAUAACUCUUCAGACAAAAUACAGGUUCGAGAUUUACAGCUUGUCACCAGAGAGGCAAUUGGACAUAUGAAGGAAGGUGAAGAGGAAAAGACAAAGACCUAUAGUGCCUUAGUAUGGAUAGACAAAGCAAUACAGAAAGAAGACAUUGCAUUUCUAGAUGAUCUCAAGGAAUUAAAACUUGACCAGAAAACGCCUCUCCGCGUUCUUCACAGAAGGCCUCUAGCCGUAAGGCAUCGGAUCAUUCACACCAUGAAAUCUGAGUACAUAGAUGAGCAUCAUUUUCGCCUGCAUCUGAAAACUCAAGCAGGAACCUACAUUAAAGAAUUUGUGCAUGGAGAUUUUGGAAGAACAAAGCCAAAUAUUGGCUCAUUACUGAACCGGACUGCUGACAUUCUGGAGUUGGAUGUAGAAUCUGUUGAUGUUGACUGGCCUCCAACCCUGGAUAAUUAGCUUUUCAAGUUGGGACGAGGAAAAGCAGCUCCUCUGUCAGCAGCUGGUUACUGAUUGAACACUGAACAGUAUUACAGCUUGAUUGUUCAUUGCAAAGUCUUUUUGUUGAACAUUUGGAUCAUGUUGAUCUGCCAAAAGAUGCUGUUACUUUGAAUUGACUUUCAACACUCUGGAACAGGUAGUGUUUGUUCAUUUAAUCUCUAGCCUUAUUUUAGUUUCUAUCUUUCAUAAAAAAAAAAAUUGGUAAGCUAGUGUACUGAUAGUAAGUCUUUUAAAAACAGUUAUUUGAGCGAAACACAAAUGGUAUAACAUGCAAACAAGGUACUGAGCAAGGCACAUCAAAUAAGCCUUCUGCAAUACUGCUUGAAAAUGUUUAAAUUAAAAAUAACCUUCCGUCAGACCAGAUUUUUUUUUUAAGUAUUUUUCUAUUGGAUGCUGCGGCUUCUUUGUGUGGGUAAAGGUGCCACCAAAUUGUCUGAAGCCCAGUCCUAACUUUUUCUGAGCACUGUUCAUGUGUGACUAUUAGAGAUCAGACUCCCAGAAGUCAGGCAGACUCUGAAAACUGGGAUAGUUACUAAAUGAGGCGACGUUCUGCUGUGUGCUGACUGCUUUUUGGUCAAUGUUUUUUUUAGAGAGCCGAUUUGUCUCCCAAGUAAUUGUCAGAGGAAAAACCAGUUUUCAGAUGAAAACUUUGCACUGAAAACAGAGGUUUUUUUCUCAUUUAAAAAUGUUAGUGAUACUUCCUAGGAACUACAGUUGAGGUACUUCAGGCCUGUAGUUUAAUGGCUCUCUGGCUUGAUUACAGUCCUUUUCAUGCAUAGGAUUUCCCCACUGUUGAGUCACCAUAUAUAAAAAGAUUGGGUAUUCCUGGCAAUGGUACAUGAUGGAAAUCCAGAGAAUAGGGAUACAGAGAACCCAAAAGUGCAAGUAAAUGUAAAAUGUAAUGUAAAAUACUGGUAUUGAGAGAUGAAGACAGAGGUAAAAAGCUUUGGUUUGUAGCAUGGCUGUAGCAUAAAAGAAUCUUUUCUAGUACCUAAGGUUUGAAUGGAUGCCUGGACUAGGCACUUGCCUGCAAUAGGGAAGAGCUGAGUUUCUUUCCUCGCUCCUGUGAAUAUUUUAAAUGUUUUAUACAAAGCAGGGCAGUCUCCAAGGGAGAGUCCAAAAGCCCCAGCCCAGAGCCCUUUAGAGCAUGCUGGUUACAGGCUGGCUCGAGCGCUGCAAGGGGAAAACACCAAUCGCCUCAGGAGGGAAGGAACUGAGCUGAGUGCCUGAAAUAUUAGCUGAUGAGGUGAAAGGGGACCAUCCUCUUCCUGCUCAGGGCGUGUUUACCUGCAUAGCUAUCACAUGGAGAAGCAUGAAUCUAACUCAUUAAUCUAGCAGGAUUGCAAGGAUGCAAGAUUGGCCUGUGGCCUGCUUAUUGGCCAGGUCCCCCACUUACAGCUUCAGGAAAAGCCACUUUUAUGCCUGUAUCCUGUUGCAAAGCUGAAUAAGGAAUUAAAACAUAUCUAUUGUAUGUGAUAAAAACAGGAAUAAAUAUAAGGUAGCAAAAUACAAUCCAUUGUUAAUGGCUAGUGUGCAAAGGUAUUAGGAAGAUGCUUCUGCUCACCUGAAGUACAGACGAGAGUCCACAAGAAAUUAAAGCUUGGAAUUUAAGGGCUCUUCUUAAUGAAAAUGAAAUUCAGAAAUAAUAAAGGUAAUACUUUCCAAGACAAAACACUAUUUGGGGACAGGAAGGAUCAUUGAGAUGCAUUACUUUCAAUUCAUUGGUGCCAGGGCUUCAUAAUAGAACAACUGCACAACUUUAGCUGAAGGCUCAAAAAGACAGUAAUACACAGAUUUUAAAGGAGCUCCUAAAAACCAAUCUGGAAAAAUUAGUCUAAAUAUUACCCACACUGCCUAUGAUGGGCUCUCAAAACUUGUCUCUCAUUGUUUGUUUGCUUAGUCCAUUGUGACCUAAGUAUGGCUGUAGUUCAGAAGCUCCUGUUUUUCUAGCACAAAAAUAAAUAAUAGGAACAUGAUCAGACAGCAACAUUUUUUGUUUUUAAUCUUAAAGCUGUUAUGAGCAAGAGAUUCCAGCAGUAACUGCCUCAGAUAAUAAUCUGUGUAAGUAGCUACAAACACCUAGAAAGGAAGUGUUGUGAAUGAUGGAAAACUUAAGAAACUGAAUACAGAAAACAAACAAAAGAGAAUUUCAGUCUCAUAUCUAUGGGAUUUCUUGAAAGAAACUCAGAGUGAGCUAGAAUAUGAUUUAUAAAUUCCAUAAACUACAGGGGAAAAAAUACAAGCAAGACAGCAAUAUGGACAUGACAAACAUUAGAAGAGCUGUCCCCAAAGUGAAACAGAGCUAAGAAGGCAGAAGCAGAAAGGGCUAGUCCUCCUAUCAUAAUGCAAAGACACCCUAGGAGAUCGUAUCUUCAGCUCUUUCUUUAAUAUGCUGUAUGGGCUCAUGGUGACAGUGAAGACCAAGUUAAGACUCAGCGUGCAGAUAAAUGAGGCUAUAAAGAUUAGUCUAAGUGUGCAGAGUCUAAUCUUGUCUUCAUGCAAUGUGGAGAGCUCUAUCAAAAAUGCCGAAAUCACGUAUUUCCUGUGAUUAAAUUUGAAGCAUCCAAAUGAGGAGGGGACAAAAAAAAAAGCUGAUGGUGCAAAUGCCUGCCUAUACAGCUGUUUAGAUGUUCAUCUGUUGUUCAGUAAUCAUGUGAAAAAUAUGAAAAUUAACGAUGUAAUCUAUUUUCACCUUUGUUUAAAGUCUGUAGUUUUAAUAAAGGAAGAUAAAUACUUUGAACUGUCAUAAUCUCUAAGGAGUAUUGCAACAGCAGUACUAAUGUUGUACUUUGGCCCUCAUCUUGUUUUUAAAGUAAAUACCUACUUGUAAAUACACAGUGAAUUAAAUAGGAUGUUUUGUGAGACUAACAAGAGCAAGAUGUAAUCUUGUUCUUGAGAAGGUAUAAAAGAGGUAGCCAUCUUCUGACACAUUAUGUGGAAAAUGCCAAAAAAAUAAGGUCUGAGCAGUGUUUCUUAGUAUCAUUCUUCUUCAUACUCCAAGCACUCAAAAUAAAUACUUCUCCUAACAAUUGGUCAUUUAAAAUCCUCCCCUUCAUUUUUUGCAUCAGUUUAGCUGAACUUGGAGAUUUAGGAGAAAGCAGUUUGCCAAGGAAGAUGGUGAACGUGAGCUGCACCAGUAACGCAUCUCUAGCUGAGCACGAAUGCAUCUGCACUCUGUGCUCAUCUGACUUACCAAAGUCAAUUUUCCUGCCACAUCAGAAAAAAAUGAUGAGUGAAGAUGAAUCCUUCUGUACACAGUGUUCUAGGUUGUGUAGUGAUCAACAGUAAUUGUGUACAGAAUAAAAUACCCUAGAAAGCCCCAGGAUAAACAAACCAAAACCAGCUUCUCUGAUUUCUGUGGCUUUUCUAAGGUGUGGGAUGUCAUUUUAAAUUUGAGGCGGUUGCAGAAGCUGAGUACUUAUGAUGACCAGUUUUUUAAUUACCAAACCAACUUGUUUACAAAGGAAAACAGAACAUUGGAAAUAUUUAAUUAUACAACAAAAACAAAUCAUACUGUAAAGAGCUUUCUAUAAAAUGAGUAAAAUGUUUACAUUUAAUAAAAUUGAGAACUUCAAAAAAAACCAAAAACUGAAUAAACCACACAUUUUUAAGCUUU